AUGCCUUGGAGAUCGCUGCUUGUAGUAUCUUUCGUGCUGGUCUCUGUCACGGCAGAAGCUUCCUCCUUUCCUUCUGCCUUCAGAAUUGAGGUUGAUGGGAGGCUUUCGCUGGCGGAAAGGGGAGGAGGAAUUUUGUUGGGCGAACAAGCGGAUCAUCAGCUUGGUCUCGACUCGGCUCCGGAGAUUCGUGUCGCUGUGUCGGGUUCGGCGCUCACGGGCAACUGCAAGACAGGGCAGCCACUGGAUAUUUACAACCACGAAGUAACAACCGUCAAGAUAUUUAAAGAAGAUUAUUCCAGUAAGAACUUUACUCUCAUUUCAAGUGAUUUCUUCCUCGUGUACCUCGAAAUGUGUUCGAAGGUCUUACUCUUGGCUGGCCUUCGUAGAUCUGGGUUUACAUUGCAGUUUGAUCGGGUGAAGAUGACAGUCACGCCCUUACACCCCCGGCCUCCCAUUCGCCGUCUUCACAGCCCGAUAUUCUGUCCCGAGAGGUACGUUGACCUGCACUUCUCACCCAAGACGGCCUCAUCUUCCAUCGUCCUCGCUUUGAACCCACCGAAUUCCGAGGUCAAAGGUGAAUCCGUCAGUACAGGACCAAUAGAGAUGCUUUCUAAUGUUACUAGCGAGAGAGGGUUCCCUUCAGGCGAUGAGCUAGGGACCCCGUCUGACACCAAGCAUGCAGGGGACCUCGAUUCCGGUUCUGGCAAUGACACAACGACCUCGCCUGACACCAAGCAUGCAAGGGACCUCGAUUCCGGUUCUGGCAAUGGCACAACGACCUCGCAUGACACCAAGCAUGCAAGGGACCUCGAUUCCGGAUCUGGCAAUGGCACAGCGACCUCGACUGACACCAAGCAUGCAGUGACCCCUUCCGGGCCUGGCCAGGCCAGUGCCUCGCACGACACCUUAGACCCCAGACGACCUCGAUUCCCCGUCUGA